AUGACAAGCCCCGAGGUACCUGUAGAGCACGUUGACGUCCUGGUGGUGGGCGGGGGACCCGCCGGUCUCAUUACCGCGUAUCAACUUGCACGCAAUCUUGACCGUUCAGAAUACAGAAUCAAAAUCAUUGAAAAGCAUGUCAAGUCAUCGCAAGACCAGUAUGGCCGUGCCAUUACCCUCUUCCCCCGCAGCUCAGAGAUGCUCGAUCAGCUCGGCCUUGCAGACUCUCUCGCCCAGCAAUGCUUCGCCUGCCGUGAGACGGCCAAUUAUGACCAAUACGGCAAUGAAGUUGAGGGUAGAGGUUGGGCAUUUAUGCAAAACAUGAAGGAUACAAAGUGGGACUUUGCGUUGGUAUUGCGGCAAAAAUACCAAGAAGACAUAUUCCGGACCGCAAUGAAGAAAGAAGGUGUCGAGCUACAAGCACCGUACGCACUGGUCGAUAUCCAGGUACUACAAGACGUCAAGCCCGGCGGAUACAGAAUCUUGGCCACGAUUGAGCACAGCGAAACCAAAAACCAAAGUAUAGUAAAAUGCCGCUACCUAAUCGGCGCCGAUGGGGGCAAAUCCUUUGUCCGCCGCACCCUCAACAUCCCCUUCGACGGCACCUCGACCGAAGACAAAUGGAUCCGCAUCGACGGCGUCCUCGAAACCAACCACCCCAAAUCCCGUACCUACUGCGCCAUCGAAAGCCCCACGCACGGUAACGUCCUAUGGGCACCCCUCGAUCGCGGCGCCACACGCAUCGGCUUCGCCUUCACGAGCGCGCGCCAAAAAGCUUACGCUGAAUUCACCCAGGACGCUGCUGUGCAAGAAGCCAUCGAAGCCGUAAAACCGUUCUCCAUCCACUUCAAACAGGUGGACUGGUGGACCAUCUACGUCGUCGGCCAACGCAUCGCCCGCUCCUUCUUCGUACACGACUGUAUCUUUCUAGUCGGUGAUGCGUGUCACACGCAUAGCAGUGGGGCCGCUCAAGGCAUGAACACUGGGAUCCAUGAUGCCGUUAAUCUAGCUUGGAAGCUAUCGCUUGUACUAAAGGGCGUUGCGCAUCCCGACCUCCUGCGCUCGUACGAGGCAGAGCGCCUCCCGAAUGUACAGCGUUUGAUUAAUUAUGACAAGGAUAUCUCGCGGCUUAUGACGAUGCAGUUGCCAGAGGGGUGGAAGGGGGAUCCGCGUGCGGAUCCAAAUGAGGUUCUUGGGGCUGUUAUGGCGGAGGCGGCGGGGUUUAGUAGUGGACUGGGGAUUUUUUAUGAGGAGGAUGGGUAUUUGAAUGUGGGUACUGGGCAAGCGGAGGUUGUGUCGAAGAUGGUGCGGGCUGGGCAGAGGGCACCGGAUGUUAAGCUCAGUAAGCCGGGGACGGGGGAGGAGACGCGGUUGCUGGUCCAGACGCCGAAUUUUGCGGGGUUUUAUGUGCUGGUUUUUACGGGGGAGGUGGAAGUGGAAGGGACAAGGGAGCGGCUUGGGAAGUUUGUAGGGGCAGUAAGGAGAGUGAAGUGGCUGAGCGGUGGUGAAGGGCCGGUGGAGUGGAUUACGGUUGUUUCUGGGCGGGGUGUAUCGUCUGCGUAUGAGGCGUUGGGUGGUAUGAUGCCGUUUGGGCGUGUCUUUUAUGAUGAGGAUGACAGUGCGGUUGAAAGGUAUGGGGUUGAUAAGGAGAAAGGUGGGGUGUUUGUAUUAAGGCCGGAUGGAUGGGUGGGUAUGGUUUUCCCACUGGAUGGAUCUGCUGGGGAGAGGCUUGAGGAGUAUUUUGGGAGGUUUUUGGUGGGAGUGGAGGACAAGAGGGAGGCGAAGUUGUAG